GCAACUUUCUUCCCCGACCUCCUCCUUACCCUUUGCCGUGCUCGCCACGAGUCCCUAUCACCGAUAACUUGCAACCACGAAUAACCUCGGACGAGAUUCGCAGCUCGUCGCAGCUGGAGAACCUGCGGCGCAGCAGCUUGGUCUAGCCGAAGUCGUCAUAUCCGCGUUGUCUUCGCCCCGCCAGAACCGGGCGCGACUCGGUCGCGAGAGAACAACUUUCCCUCUCUCAGUCGACCACGCAUACAUCCACCGACUACUUUGGACUCGACAGUCUUGAAUCCGCAAGCUUGAGAACACGCGCACCAUGGUGAUAGGCAUCCUCCCCGGCUCCGGCCACGGCCCCGGCUCGGGAUCCGCCCUCAACCCCGCGAUCCUCACCCUCGCCGGGAUCGCGACGUUGGUUGCGACCGUCGUCUCCGCCAUCUCCAUCUUCCUCCACAUCAAGAACUACCGGAAGCCCAUCUUGCAACGGAUGGUGAUCCGGAUCAUGCUCAUGGUCCCGCUGUACGCCAUCUCGUCGUUCAUCUCGCUGUUCUCCCUCGACGCCGCGUUCUUCAUCGACGCCAUUCGCGAUAUCUACGAGGCAUUCGUCAUAUAUUGCUUCUUCCAACUGCUGCUUGCGUAUCUUGGCGGAGAACGUUCGCUGCUCAUUUUGUUGCACGGCCGUCCACCGAAGGAAGCCGUCUUCCCCGCCACUCUCUUCAUGCGCGAGAUCGACGUCAGCGAUCCAUACACCUUCCUAUUCCUCAAACGUGGCAUCAUCCAAUACGUCCAGGUGAAGCCGGUCCUUGCGAUCGCCACGCUCAUCCUCAAAGCUACCGGGAAAUACAACGAGGGCGACCUCCGCGUCGACUCCGGCUACCUCUACAUCAGCAUCGUCUACAACACGAGCAUCUGCCUUAGCCUCUACUGCCUCGCCGUCUUCUGGAUGGUCGUCAGCCAGGACCUCAAACCCUUCCGACCGAUGCCCAAAUUCCUCUGCGUCAAGGGCAUCCUCUUCUUUUCCUUCUGGCAAUCGAUCGGCAUCUCCGUCCUCGUCAAAGCCGGCUUCAUCAAGCGGCUCGGUCCCUACACCGACGCGGAGCACAUCUCCCUCGGACUGACCGACACCCUCAUCUGCCUCGAGAUGCCGCUCUUCGCGAUCGCGCACAACUUUGCCUUCUCCUACCACGACUUCGUCGACCUCUCCUUAUCCUACGUCGCGCGCAUGCCGAUGUACUACGCGUUUCGGGACGCGUUCGGCGCGAAGGACGUGCUGGAGGACUCGAAGGCGACGUUGCGCGGGGAAGGGAUGGACUACCGCGCGUUCGAGCCGAGCGAGGGGUAUAUCCAUCAGGGCGUCGGCCGGACCAAAAGGAUCAGGGCGGGGUUGAGGUAUAGCCAGGGCGGGAAGAAGAAGUACUGGCUGCCGAGGACGACGGCCGAGCGCGAGCAGCAACAUAUAGGUGGGGCGGUGAAGGACGCCGUCGUGGGGCGCGCGCAGGAUGAGGAGGUGUACGCGCCGCUGUUGGAGGAGGAGGCGGCGGACGUGGUGCACGACGCGCCGGAUAUGCAGAGCCCGGGACGGCGCGAGCAGACGGAUAGCUUGUGGGUCGAUACCGGGCUCCGCCCCAGCUCGCGUGACGACGAGGAAGAUGGAGAUGGGUUCGAGCUUCCGUUUGGCGACCCGGAUCCGGCGGAGGACGAGCUGUUCGAGCACGCGAGGCGGUACCUGUUCGGGGAUUAUAAUUACCCGUGCAUUGACGUGUCGUCGGAGAACGCGAAGGCGCGAAUAUGGGACGAGGAGGAGAGGAUAUUGAGGGACGAGCGGGGGGCGUAUUUUUCGCCGAUGAGGGGGCCUGGAGGAACGUAUGGGGCGGUCGGCGUGUCGGCGAAGAGGCCCAGGGUGGAUUCGGCGACGUCGUCGGCUGCGGCGGGGUCGCCUGUGAAUAAGGGCAAGGGGCGGAGCGCGGGGACGCCGAGGGCGGGGACGCCGAAAAUCGGGUCGCCGGUCGGUGAGGGUUAUGUCGUGGACUAUGAGUGGGACCGCGCGGAUGCCGGGGACGCGGGGAGCGGCGUGAAGCUGCACUGGACGAAGGCGCGCAAGGCCGUCGAUCGGCAACCGGCGCGGACGCGGUCGCCGCGCCCCGUCGUGUCGCGCACGGUGUCCGCUAUCUCCGCUUCGGCUUCAGGGUCGGGGUCGGGUGGAAGCGCGGCGCCGUCACCGAAGGACCGCCCUGUGCUGCCGCCAGACGCAGUUGACCUCGUGGUAGAAGAUUCGCAGGCGCAGGACGAGGAGAUGACGAACGAGCGGAGGAGGGGCGAGCCGGCGCUGCGUGGGUUACGGAAGGUGUACAGGCGUGGGUACAUUGUACAAGGAGAGGACGGGCGUGAGCAGCAGGUCGAGGUCGAGGAGGAACGGGACGAUGACGACGACGACGACGAUGGGGAUGGGGGAGGCGGCGGAGGGGAAGAGGGUAUGCGGGAAGGGGAGCGAUUGCAGGAGACCCCAAUCGAGCCUGUGGCGGAGAGAGUGCCGACGCCGGCGGUGGUGCAUCGGGGCUUGGAAAGGUUGCCGAGCGAUACGUUCGAUAAUCCGUGGGCGUAAACGCCGUCGCAGAAGGACCUUUUGGUCCUUCGAUCUUCUUGUUUCAUCGCACCUUUUGGCACUACGUUUCGGACAUCAUGGUCAUACCCAUAUCAGGUCGUUCAUCGCAUGUUGCAUGUAAUACUCCACAUUGUGCUUGGCACCAUGUAUACAUAGAUAGUACUGCAAGACGCAAAUAUAUAUAUAUAUAUAUAUUUGUCGUUGCU